AUGUGGAAUCACGUUGUGGUUCAGGCACUCACGGUUGAAGCGUUGAUGGCAUUCCAGGCGGACGAUCUUUGUGGACUGGUUGAAGUAUUCUCUCAAGUUGCCCAAGGCAGCAGAGCCGUACAAGGUGCCACGGUAGCGCUCAUGGACGGCACCGAGCCCUGGACGACGGCAGCGCUGAACGUGACGGAGGAGCCGGCGCCAGCCCUGGCCAUGUCCGUUCAGGAAGCCGUGUGCACCGCCCUCACGCUCAGCAUCAUCACGGCCUUCACCGUGGUCGGCAACGUACUAGUCAUCGGUUCCGUCUUCACCCACCGGCCCCUUCGCACGGUUCAGAAUGUCUUCCUCGUGUCCCUGGCCAUGGCCGACAUCGCGGUCGCGCUUCUGGUGAUGCCCCUGAACGUCGCCUACUCCAUCCUGGGACGCUGGGUCUUCGGUCUACACGCCUGCGAGCUGUGGCUCACGUGCGAUGUCCUCUGCUGCACCGCGUCCAUUCUCAACCUCUGCGCCAUCGCCCUGGACCGCUACUACGCCAUCCACGACCCCAUCAACUACGCCCAAAAGAGGACCCUUCGCCGAGUGCUCCUCAGCAUCCUCCUGGUGUGGGUCAUCAGCGCGCUCAUAUCCGUGCCACCGCUCAUCGGCUGGAACGACUGGCCUGAAGAGUUCGACGAGACCUCGCCCUGCCGGCUGACUCAAGAGGCCGGCUACGUCCUCUAUUCGGCCACUGGCUCCUUCUUUGCGCCGCUGCUCAUCAUGAGCAUCGUGUACUUCAAGAUCUUCCUGGCUACCCGGCGGCGGCUCCGGGAGCGCGCCGGAGCGGCGGCCAAGGUGCCUUCCCGCUGCGAAGCCGCUCUGCCCCUCGAUGUGCUACCGUCGUCCGCCGAGGACACGCCGCCCACAGGCCGCAGCCGGCCAUCGUUGACUGAGACGAGUGUGGCUUUGAACGGUCGACCGCCGACGGUUAAGGUGUAUCCCUGCUGGGAAGAGAAGCAGAGGAUUUCACUAUCGCGAGAGAGGCGAGCCGCCCGGGUGCUGGGUAUUGUCAUGGGCGUGUUCGUGCUGUGCUGGCUGCCCUUCUUCAUCAUGUACGUGGUGGCGCCCUUCUGCGACGGGUGCGUGAACUCGGAACGCUUCGUCAACUUCAUCACCUGGUUGGGAUACAUCAAUUCCGCGCUCAACCCGGUCAUCUACACAGUGUUCAACACGGAUUUCCGCAGAGCCUUCCGUAGUAUUCUCUGUGGUACCCGCCGAACGUAUCUGUGA